AGUGAUUUUUGGCGCCAAUCGGUCCAAAACAUUAAAAUAUAAAUAUAUCACUAUUGAAAUGGCUGGAAACUCAGGGGAACAAGAAAUAUCUGUGGCAUUCAGUGAGUUAGAGAGCAUAGACCAAGAAGACAUUGUUAUCCUUAUCGAUGUUGCUUCGGCGUUAAAGCUCUGCAGCGAAUGCAUAAGGAAUAAAAGUGUCAAGACUGGGGGCGUGCUGGCAUUGUGGCUUAAAAAAGUACUCGGGGCAUAUAUUAAUGAGGCGGUAUGCUGUGUCCCUGCAUUUAAGCAAAUGUGUGAUUGGUUUCAAACGAUGAUGUCAUCAAGAUCAGUGGACGGCUGCGAUCUGAUCACUGUACUUGCGGAGGCCCUGCAUUUUAUGACAACGUCCAAGGAAAAAUUGCAGAAGGCAGGCGGACGUCAGGUACACGCAGCCGCCUUCUUCCUAUUUUCCAUCGUGCACGGCUACCUGUGUGAAAGUGAAAAUAACACUAACCGCAAUGUACUGAAGGAACAUAUUCCAGAUGCCAUCGGCCUACACUCGGCUGUGCUUUCUCUGCUCACAGAAACCACCGCCAGUGCAAAGAAAGUGAAUCCUCGUAUAACACCGCUGAUCAAACAGAUGAGCGAAAUAGCUGGAUUCUUGGGCACUAAGAUAAUCCAUCUGCAGGCAUUUAUAAAAACAAGUAAAACUAUGAGCUAUAUUUGCCUGCACUACAUGCAGUAUGUCGAUCGUGGCCAAUGGGAGGUUGGCACCAUGCCUGAUUGGCUGAAGGAAACCAUCCUGCAUCUGUGCGACACGGCUCUCAACCAAAUGGAGACAAUCCAAAAGGAAGAAACACUGACUGUGCCUCUGGGAAAGGUGGAAGAGUAUCUGAAAGUAACGCAUACAUAUCUAUUAAUGCUGUUCGAACUCUUUAAGACUGAGUUGAAACACAUUGACGUUUCUGUUUCGGAAACCCUCAUAGAUCUGCUUAUGUGUGGCGCAACGACACAAGAUCUGGGCACGGAUAUUCCAUUACUCGUAUCUAAAUAUAUACGACCGUGCUUACUGAAACUCAAUGAGUUGGCUUAUCCAUUGCAGGACUUCCAAGAGCGGCUUGUUGCUUCACUCGUCGACCCGGUGGAAGCAGAACAUGACUUUUUUGAUCUGUGCUUGGAUUUUGUAGCUGUUGUCAAUUUGGACAAUGCUGUCGUGACGCCCUAUACGUGUCAAACAUUGCAGAAGAUUUUUGAAUACAUAUUUAGAGCAGAUGCCGCACACUUUGUAAAUGUUGACCACUACGAACGAGUAAUUGAAGCCUUUGCCAGCCUAAUGUGCUUGGCGGAGAGCGAGGAAUUAAACAACUACUUUUGCACUGGUGUAUUCCAAGAGGAUCCCGUCACAUCCAAAGCCUGCGCAGAUAUACUAAUGUUAUCCUUUCGGUUGGUUGAGAUAAAUCCGGGCUGGAACAGAAACACACUAAUCCAGGCCACUGAUUACUGGAACAAGUGCAACAAUGCGUAUGCAAUGUUCUCUCACAACCCGAGUCAGACGCAUGUGCAGCGCUUCCUGAAGUAUUUCCAUGGCUUGGGCAAGCGUGAGCUACCUCCAUUCAGUGCUCAGAAUUUCCGGUAUCUCGAUGCUGUUGCACCUGUAGACAGUAGAUAUGGGGACAUUCUGUUGGAGCGAUUGGGGAGUGACCCACCAAAUAAAAUAGAGCUGUACUAUGCACAGGUCGGACUCAUGGAGCUCUUGGCACAGCAAACGAAGACAGACUGUUCCAAGUGGCUUCAGCAGACAUUUAACUUCGUGCAGAAGCUACUUGGUGAUGAAAAGUACGACGCAUUCACCAGCGUUUACUUCAAACUGCUGAGCAAAGCCAGCCCAUCCGUGCAGCUGCAGUUAUUACGGGGACUAGCUCCUGUUGUCGGCCACUGCAACUGGCAUGUCCAGAAGUUUCUGCAUGCCUGCAAGAUCAGCGAUGAUGCACAGCUGAGGGCAUUCAGUGUUCGCCACGCCAUAGCUAAAGAGUGGCAGCCUCUGCUGGAAACAGUGCUGCAGAAACCAUCGCCAGGGACCAAAGCAGCGGUCACAAACUGUAAAGUGUUGGCGAAAUUAAGCUAUAAGCGUGAGACGGGGCACCACUGUAAAGCGCAGAGUCUGAAGCGUAAGCGAAGCGAGAGAACACCCAAGGAAAUCAUAAGCGAACUCCACGACACUUCGCUGCUGCUGGGCCAGAGUACAGCCGGCUUGGAUGCUGCGGAUAGGGAGCAGGUGAAGAGAGUCGUCGACAACUUGUGUAGCAUUCUGAGAGCCGUAGAUCGUUGAUAAGCUUUAAUAAAUAGUCCUCGAACAU